AUGGAAAAUCAUAUUAACUUUGUAACUUCAUGGUUGAAAGAUGGAUCCUCACAUACGGUAGACGUACUUACUAUUUAUGGUAUAGGUGGGAUCGGGAAGACAUCUUUAGCAAAAUAUGUCAAUGGGCUAUAUUCUCAUGAAUUCAACACAAGCAACUAUAUUGAAAAUAUCACUACGAAAUGUGAUGGAAAGUUUAAUGGGUUGCUUGUUUUACAAGAACAACUCUGUAAGGACAUUUCAAAAACAAGUUCAAUUAAAGUUCAUGAUGUUUUAGUAUACACCGCAAAGAUAGAUAAUGCAUUAGCACGUAAAAGGGUGUUUCUAGUUCUUGAUGAUAUCAGUACCCUUGUUCAGUUGGAUGCACUACUUGGAAGCAAAGGCUUUCAUCCUGGAAGCAAAGGUAAGGGAAAUCUUCUAGGCCUCACCAUUGACAUGUGCAUGCUUGAGAAAGAGAAGUUAGGUGUAUCAUAUGAGCUGUAA